CCCCCCCCCCCCCCGCCCUGUCCUGUUGCACACAGCCUCCUUUUCCCCAGCCGAAUGUUGCAGCUUGGAUUACAGUGUAGCUGUGAUCUGUUCCCGGAGCUAGCUGGCUGUGCUAACGCAUGGCUUUGCUCUCAGCUUGAUGCCGUGUGAUCUGCUCCCUUUUUAAAAAUCCCCCCUCCCUUUCCCUUCCCUUCCCCUCCCUUACCCCCCUCCCUAUUCCCCCCACCCCCUCACUCCCAGCCCAGGUCGGGAGGGGAGAGGCAGAGACAGACUGGCAUUGUGAAGCUGCAGCGUUACAAUUUGCCCUCCUUCCCCGGCUAUUCCGUCUAUAACCGUCGUAUGUUCAGGUCUAAACGGUCGGGCCUUGUACGGCGACUUUGGCAGAGCCGGGUAACGGGAGGAAAUGGGCAGGAGGCGGACGAUUGGAGUGACCUGGCCGGAUCGCUAAACGAGCUGAAGUCGGUCACUCACUUGCUGCUGAAGAGGCUGAAGGAGAAGCCGCUGGAAGUGCUGAGCCAGGCGGUGCAGAGUAGCGGGGGGUUACACACCGCCUGUGUACCUAUGGCCAAGAACGAGCUGAGGGUUGGCAAGCAGACACUGGCCCCUCAGGUGUUACUCUGCAAACUCUUCCGCUGGCCUGAUCUCAAGCAUCUCUUCGAACUCAAGCGACUGUACUCCUGCGAGGGUUUCUCCAGAAACGCAGACAGCUCCACCGUUUGCUGCAACCCUUACCAUUUCAGCAGACUCUGUGGACCAGACUCUCCACCACCUCCUUACUCCAGAUUCUCUACAAGUGAUGAGGAAAAGCCACUGGAAUGCACGGCAUCCUGCACUGAAACAGAGGCCACCAGCUCCCCAAAUAUCACACCUGGAGAUUUCUCAGAUGUCAGCCUCUCACCUGACACAAUGAAGCAAUGCCACUGGUGUAUUGUGGCAUACUGGGAACAUCGGACCAGGGUUGGCCGCCUGUAUACUGUUUAUGAACAGUCUGUCAGUAUAUUCUAUGACCUACCUCAUGGGAACGGCUUCUGCCUUGGACAGUUAGCCCUGCACAACAGGAGCGAGACUGUCAAAAGGACUCGAAGCAAAAUUGGCUAUGGGAUCUUGCUGAGCAGAGAGCCAGAUGGGGUCUGGGCCUACAACCGGAGCGAGCAUCCAAUCUUUGUCAAUUCUCCGACGCUGGACAUUCCCAAUUCUAGGACUUUGAUUGUUCGGAAGGUGAUGCCAGGAUACUCAAUAAAGGUUUUUGACUAUGAAAAGUCUUGCCUGCUGCAGCAAGCCACAGAUAUGGAUUACGCAGACGGGCCAUAUGAUCCCAACAGUGUUCGAAUCAGCUUUGCAAAAGGAUGGGGACCUUGCUAUUCGAGACAGUUCAUAACAUCUUGCCCAUGUUGGCUGGAAAUAAUGCUGAACAGUAGCAGAUAACAACAGUCACCCUCCAGGAAUGAAAUCCUAUAUUAGAAAAAAAAUACAAGACUAUUCCAAAUAUCAUCUACCUAGAUUUAAUAUAAAGUUUUAUAUAUUAUAUGAAAUAUAUAUUGUACUUGUAAAUAUGGAGUCAUUUUUACAUUGUAAUUAUUUAUGUAUGGUGCAAUGUGUAUGAAUACAGAACACAACAGGAAAAUGCACUUUGGUUUAUAUAUGCUCAUUCAACAUCAGAUUAAAUUAUACAGCAAAAAUGGGGACAGAGCCUAGUUUUGAUGUAUAGUUCUGCCGUACUUUUAGUACCCAGACGAAAAGCUAACUUACCCGUAAAACAACAAAAUGAGUCACUCAUUGAUAAUAA